AUGCGUCAGGGUGCUUAUGAAAGUUCUCGCAUCUACAAGGAAAGAACUAAGGCGUUUCAUGAUAGUCAAAUUUUACAGAAAGAAUUUCAGCCAGGGCAAAAGGUGUUGCUAUUCAAUUCACGGCUAAAGUUGUUUCCAGGGAAAUUGAAAUCUCUCUGGACUGGGCCAUAUUUGGUUACUAAAGUCUUUUUUCAUGGGGCAGUUGAAAUAACUAAUGAGGCCCAAGGCAACGCAUUCAAGGUGAAUGGUCACAGGCUGAAACCAUACGUGGAGUCACCUUUUGAUACUGAUACGAGUCUUUGA